UCAAAUUAUGAAAUUCAUCAAUUCAGAAUCAGUCAAAUUUGUGGAGUGAAGGUUAGGGCAAAAUAGAUAACGGAAGGAGACAAUCCGAUGGCCGGAAGCAGCAAUUCGCGGUGGUCUUUGGCCGGCAUGACUGCUCUUGUCACCGGCGGCACUCGCGGAAUCGGGUUUGCUACUGUGGAAGAGCUGGCGGAAAUGGGCGCCACUGUGUAUACGUGUUCGAGAAAUGAGGAAGAGCUGAAUCAGCGUUUGCAGGAGUGGAGUUCGAAGGGGUUUAAUGUCAGUGGCUCUGUGUGCGAUGCUUCUUCUAGAGAACAGAGAUCGCAGCUCAUGAUUAAAGUUUCCUCUCUUUUCAGCGGCAAGCUUGACAUUUUGGUAAAUAAUGUGGGGAUGAAUAUUAGGAAGCCAACUGUUGAUUACACUGCUGAAGAAUACUCUAGAAUCAUGACUACAAACUUUGAUUCUGCUUACCACCUAUGUCAAGUGGCUCAUCCUCUACUUAAAGACAGUGGAAAAGGCAGCAUUGUGUUUAUUUCUUCUGUUGCUGGUUUGGUGCACCUAUAUUCUGGAUCGAUCUAUGGAGCUACGAAAGGAGCAAUGAAUCAACUUACUAAAAAUUUGGCUUGUGAGUGGGCAAAAGAUAACAUUCGGGUGAACUCUGUUGCUCCAUGGUAUAUCAAGACCUCUCUUGUGAAACAUUUACUGGACAAUGAAGAGUUCUUGGACAAAGUAGUAUCUCGAACGCCUCUCAAGCGUCCUGGAGAACCGCAAGAAGUGUCGUCGUUAGUGGCCUUUCUUUGCCUGCCUGCUGCUUCCUACAUUACAGGACAAAUUGUGUGUGUAGAUGGAGGAUUCACUGUGAAUGCAUUUCCUUUCUCUCUCUCAAAUCCUUAACCUUUAGUACUCUUUCUGCUUUUGUUGUCUUCAACUCAAUGUUUCUGGGCAUGUUCAUUGCUCCCUUUGCUUAAUAACUAUACAUUUAAGCCCAGAUUCUUGGCCCAUAUUUAUAUUUUA